AUGUGGAGGAAAGUUAUCAACGCCAUCCAUGGGUCUAAAAGAAGAUGGGAAUCGGGCCCUUGUAACAGUAAAGUGUCGGGGGUGUGGUCGAAAAUUGUUGGCUGUGGUAAUCGGCUGAAAGUAAACGGGUCGUCUUUCAGCAGCCUUAUCACAGGAAAAGUGGGGAAUGGUUUAACGAUUAAGUUUUGGUUAGAUGUGUGGUUAAAUAGUACUCCUUUGAAGGUUUCGUUUCCAGCGCUCUUUCGGCUUGAACGGAACAAGUGGUGCGCUGUUGCGGACAGAGUUGGCAGAAAUGAGUUCGAUGGAGUUAUGACUUGGGAGUGGAAAAAUUACCCGAGUACUCCGCAGGAGACGGCUGAAUUAAUCGAAUGCACCAGGUUAUUAUUGGCUAACAUCAGGUUGGAUUCGAAUGUGGACACUUGGGACUGGAAUAAAAGUAGGCUGCAGAUUGUUAAUGUGCAGGAGGCUAAAAAAUGGAUCAGAAGUGUUGGUAUGGAAGACAUUGGGCAUUUGUUUCGAUGGUGUAAAUGGGUGCCGUUAAAGUGUAACAUAUUCUUGUGGCGAGCGGCUUUGGAUAGGAUUCCCACGAAGACUGCUCUUCGUAGAAGGAAUGUUUGCGCAGGCGAUGUUAUGUGUAGUCUGUGUGAUGCCGACGAGGAGACUGCAGUGCAUCUAUUUACGGCUUGCCGAUUUUCCGAUGGGGUGUGGUGUGGUAUUGCUAGUUGGCUGCAUAUACCACCAAUCUUUUUAUUUGAUGUUUAUGAUAUGCAGCUUUAUAUCAAUCAGUUGGAGUGCUCGAGGGAGAAAAAGGAGUUAUUGUACGGCAUUUUUAUGAUAACAUGUUGGCGAAUUUGGAAAGCGCGUGAUGAGAAUGUUUUUAAGAGUACGAGUAGGAAGAGUUUUGAGAUUGUUUCCGAUAUAAAAUCGUUGGGUUAUUUAUGGUAUAGGAGUCGGAGUAAACGUGGGUUAGUAGAUUGGAAGGGAUGGCAAGCGUUUCAUUUUGAUGUAAUGUAA